AUGGAAGGUGAAAAUUUUUGCUACUAUUUCGAUUCAUAUUCUGUAAUAAUGAUAAUGAUAAUUGCUACUUUAAUAAACAUUGUUUUAUAUAUUUGUUAUUACUUUUAUCAAUAUUUGUACUUCGAUUCAUCUAAUAUUAAUUUUGAUAAAAUCUGGAAUAUUCGAAAUGUUUAUAAUGCUUCAUUAAUUAAACAAAUUCGAAUGAAGAUUUUAAAACAAAAAUUGUUUCAUAUUCCCUGUUUAUUGAAAGAGUUAACAUCUUCAUUUCUCUUUCCAACCGAGAUCAUUGCAAUAUUUAAAAUAAAAUUCGGUGGUUAUGUUAAAAAACUACCGAAAAACUCGCUUGAUCAAUUGGCACACACACUUAAUGAUCUAGAUUUUUGUUAUGCAACAUUAAAUAAAGUCAGUCGUUCUUUUUCACUUGUUAUUCAACAGCUUCCUCAAUCAUUGAAAGAUUCAGUUUGCAUAUUUUAUCUUGUUCUUCGUGGUCUUGAUAGUGUUGAAGAUGAUAUGACAUAUCCUCAAGAUAAGAAAAUUUUCUUAUUACGGAAUUUUUACAAUAAUUUGUUAAUUGAUAAUUGGUCUAUAAAGGAUGUCGGUGAUACAGAAGAUUAUCGAAUAUUAUUGGAUACUUUUAGUAAAGUUAUUAAUGUAUUUAAAUCACUAGAUGAAAAAUAUCGAUCUAUCAUAUUGAAUAUCACACGUAAGAUGGGAGAUGGAAUGGCUGAAUACGUUAGUAAGAGAGGCUCAAUUGAAACAUUAGUCAGUUACAAUUUGUAUUGUCACUACGUUGCUGGUCCUGUUGGUCAUGGAUUAUCAGCUAUUUUUGCUCACAGUGGAUUAGAAGACGCUGAUCUUCAUGUUGAUGAUAAUCUCAGUAACAGUAUGGGACUAUUUUUACAAAAAACAAAUAUUAUUCGCGACUAUCUCGAAGAUCUUCAAGCAGGUAGAACUUGGUGGCCAAAAGAAAUCUGGCAAAAUUAUGCAACUAAUAUUGAUGAAUUUAUUAAAACACCUAAUGGGGAACAAAGUCUUGAAUGUUUAAAUCAUAUGGUGAUGGAUUCACUUAAUCAUGUACCUGAUGUGAUCAACUAUCUUGGUCGCCUUAAACAUCGUAAAGUAUUCGAAUUUUGUGCCAUUCCCCAAUUAAUGGCAAUGGCUACUCUUGUUGAGUUAUAUAACAAUCCUUUAGUAUUUACAUCGGUUGUUAAAAUACGAAAAGGACUGACUUGUAAAUUAAUGUUAAACUGUUCGACUUUGAAUGAAGUAUUUUCUUGGUUUUAUUUCUUUAUCAAAAAAAUUGAACAUAAAAUACCAAAACGCACCAAUGUGAACAUUAAUCAUAUGCACGAACUCGUUUAUCAAGUGAAAAAAUUAUGUUAUCGAAAUUUAAAAUCUUAA